UGAACCGGGCGUCCAUUUUUCAUCCCAAAAUAGUUGGAGAGGACACGUAUAAAACAGAAAGAGCAGAGCCUCUAUUCUCUUACCGGACGUCCCUCUCGCACCUAUCUGGCUCUUCUCCCACCUCAACAUCCGUCAGCUAGCAAACAGCCAAGAUGGCAAUGAGCAGCAUCCUCAACGCUGAUGACAUCAAGAAAGCUCUAGAUGCAUUUGCAGUUGCUGACUCCUUUGACCAUAAGAAGUUUUUCGAGAUGGUGGGUCUGAAGGCCAAGUCUGCUGACGAUGUGAAGAAGGUCUUCACGGUGCUGGACGCCGACAACAGUGGCUUCAUAGAGGAAGAGGAGCUCAAAUACGUCCUGAAGGGUUUUGCCAAAGAUGGCAGGGACCUGACAGACAAAGAAACCAAAGCAUUUUUAAAAGCAGCUGACAAGGAUGGAGACGGCAAGAUUGGAGUCGAUGAGUUUGCCGGUCUGGUGAAAGAAUAAACCUAGUGUGACUGACUAGCACUCCAAGAUCACCUCCUUACCACCGCUACAUCCUGACACCCGCUUGCCCCCCUUCCUUCCCAACACCUACACAUCAUCACCCCACCCUGACUCCCAGCCCACCAGACUGCAGCGGAUUCCUACUACACACACUCCUCUUCCUCACUUUCUCCCUCACCGCUGACUUCACUAAGUGCAAUGCUGCACUAUGGGAAGUAAGCUGUGGUGUGCCACCCCCACCCCCCUGCUAUAUUCAUCCUAUUUAUUUUAUCCUUUUUAUACAAACUGUUCUUGUUUCUGUUUAUGUAUAGAUAAAAAAACAUGCCUGCAGAAAUAAACCUCACAUUUUAACGCAUAAAGUAGAUAUUUACAGUAAACAGAGAUUAUAAGAGAAAGACCCUCAUUUCCUCCUGUAUUUCUGACUUUAACCUCUUAAUUAUCUCUUCGUUUUCUUAGCUAACACUUUCUCUCACUUUCCCUCUUUCUUUCUCCGUGUUUUUUUUUUUCAGUUUUUCUCUUCUCUUUCACUUCUGGCACUGUUCCCUUCCUGCAUUCGCUCCUCUCUGUCCCUCCUACACCAUCACCACCAUCACCACCAUCCAUCCAUCUAUCUAUCCAUCCAUCCCUUUCUCCUCUGGUAAUGAGCUGUUGUAAAACAUACCAAAAGAAGAAACAGGUCAAGCUGUGAAUGAAUCAAAUAAAAAGAAAAAGAAAAACGAAACCUCGAGAAAGCUGA